AGUUCGCUUGGUCGUGCUAGAGUAGUGAAAGAUGUGUCUUCGUUUUCCUUCAUUUUAGCACCCAAGAACUGCAUUUGUCUACAUUCUUUUUAUCUUUAUUAGUUCUCUUACAUUAGAAUUGUGAAUAUAUCCUGCCAAAAUGGUUCAAGAAUACCAGUCGCCCGUCAGGGUUUACAAAUACCCUUUCGAAAUAGUUAUGGAGGCCUACGAGAAGCGUUUUCCCACCUGUCCCCUUAUCCCAGUGUUUCUUGGUAGUGACAUAGUUACUGAGUACAAGAGUGAAGAUGGAGCCGAACAUGUCAUAGAAAGACGGUGUAAACUCGACGUGGAUGCCCCUUAUUUGCUUAAAAAGAUCAUCGGUGUAGAGUUUGUAUAUUUCAAUCAAACUAACAGUCUCAAUAGACGUGACAGAACCUUGUCUAUCAAGGCCUAUAAUGAAAGUUUUUCCUCUCGUGUAGAAGUCAAGGAAAACUGCUACUAUUCGGUACACCCAGACAAUCCUGAUUGGACCUGCUUUGAACAAGAUGCAAGCCUUGAUAUCAAAUCAUUUUUUGGUUUUGAGGCAACAGUUGAAAAACUUGCUAUUAAAUUGUAUCUGCAAAACAUUAAGAAGGGCAAAGAAGUUAUCCAGCAUUACAUUGAUGAACUGAUAAGUGAAGGUGUCGCAUACAUUGCGCCAUUCCCAGGUGCAAUUAGCAAGCCUCGUACAAGGAGCUUACUUCUUGAUAAUGCUGGACAAGCUCAAGAAGGUGAACAAGCACAGGCUCUUCCUCCUAUUGCCAGCUCAGCCGUAGAGAGUAACGAGGCAGCAAUUGCAACACUUCCUGGCUACAAACUUGAUGAUGAUUACAUUCAUAGAUUCUUAGGAAAACUCAACCCUAAGGAAGAGAAUCAGCUCAUCCAAUUGAGGAAAAAACUAAGUGCAGCUCAUCAAGGAAAGAUGCCAAAUGAUGCUYACUUACUAAGAUUUCUACGAGCCAGAGACUUCAACCUAGAGAAGGCAUAUGAAAUGUUAUGUCAGUCGCUAGCCUGGCGUAGACACCAUCAUAUUGAUACUAUCUUAGAGACUUGGAAACCACCUGAGCACUUGUUGGAAUAUUAUUGUGGAGGAUGGCAUCACCACGAUAAAGAGGGACGUCCAGUUUAUAUUCUAAGACUUGGUACUAUGGAUGUAAAGGGCUUGCUGAAGGCUGUCGGUGAAGAUGGAUUCUUAAAGCAUGUUGUGUCAACUAAUGAAGAAGGCCUACAAAGAACUGAGAAUCUAACAAAAGAAACUGGUCAGCCAAUCAGUUCCUGGACAUGUAUCUGCGAUCUUGAUGGUCUAAGCAUGAGGCACCUUUGGAGACCUGGAAUCAAAGCUCUCUUGCAUGUAAUAGAAGUGGUUGAAAGCAACUACCCUGAAACCAUGGGCAGGCUUCUGAUAGUACGAGCACCAAGAAUAUUUGGUGUUCUGUGGACAUUAGUGAGUCCUUUCAUCGAUGAAAACACUAGAAAUAAGUUCCUCAUUUAUGGAGGAAAUGACUAUCACGGACCAGGAGGACUCACAGACUACAUUGACAAAGAAUUCAUCCCAGAUUUUCUUGGCGGCCCUGCCGAGUGCGACAUCAAGGAAGGCAAACUUGUACCCAAGAGUCUGUAUAGAUCUCUAGAAUUUGAUGGUGGAGAUACAUCAUUUGGCAGUGAUAUUUACCAUACUGCACAUGUCAGUAAAGGUUCUCCUCAUGAGGUGCUUAUAAGCAUAACAGAAUCAGAGUCUGUUAUCACCUGGGACUUUGAUAUCAUAAAGGGCGAUGUGACCUUCACUUUAUUCAGGCACAAGAGGCCAAGAGAAGCCAUGAGCACUUCUAGUCUUAAUAGCRUCGGCAGCAAUGCCUCAAUCAACCAAUCAGGAGUGGUUGCUGGAAUUGAUGCUGUUGUGGUUGAAAAGCCAAGGAACUGCCUGGACGGAGAAUCAGUACAGGGAACCCAUGUAACAUCAAUACCUGGUGUCUAUGUCCUUCAAUGGAAGUUCAAGAGUGGUUUACCAUCAGGCCAGGCCCAUGCAAGGCACAACAAGGCAAAGCUUAUGUACUAUCAUGAAGUACUAGCCUCAGGAGAUUUUAAGGGGUCCAUAUCAAGUCUAGAGUCAUGUCACAGUCAGUUCUCUCAGUUAAGUAUCUCAACUAGUAACAGUAAAGACUCAGGCCAUUCAUCCUCUAAAGUAUCAAGAUAGCAAUUAAAGUAACCUUGCCUUGAAGAAGAGUACCAAUAUUUCUACCUUUGAUAUCCCCAAAAUAAAUCCCAUCCAUUAAGUACAGAUUGUACAUAAUUUUUACUGAUAUGAAGGUCAGCCACGCAAUUCCAAUUUGAGCUUUGCAUUAAGCCAUGCCCUGAUGUAGAUCACCCAAGAGGUCGUUCCAGGGUAUUGAUCAAGUUUGAAGGUUUUGAAUAAUCACAGUCAUUCUAUAUCAGUAUAUAGACCUCAGUAAUUUUCRAAAUUUCAAAAUUGGAAUGAAAGCUUGGAAUAUAAUGCCAAACCAUGACAUCCCAAGAUCACGAACAGUACAUUUUAAUGGAUAUUAUUUAUUAUUAGGAAUAGUAUUAUCAUUAUUACAAGAAUUUUCACCCUUUUGAUAACUCUUCAUUCGAUGGCAAGAUAAAAUUAUCCCUGUCCAAUGUAUAAAAAUUGUUAUUAAAUGCUAAAGUAUUUUUAGCUUUUAGAUACUGAUAUGUUCUCGAAAAAAUGGAAUGAAAAAAAUGCCAGUUUUAUACCAAUUAAUUAUUAUUAAAU